UGCAGAGUCCCUGACCAUCAGCUGAUGGAAGCUGUCUGAGGUUUCCCACGAUAUAAGUGUCUACGUGUUGUUCUUUAGUUUGUUUUGUUUUAGCAGUUUUCUACCAUGGAGUGCAGUCUCUGCUGUCAGAUUUGCUCCAUCCACUUGGGGAACGUGUUUCACCUCAAGAAACAUUUGAAUUCAGUGGAACAUCGACAGAAAAUGGAUUACAUGUUUCCACAAGAUACAUCGGUGAACUGUGGAUGGGUACCCUACAUUAUUUUUAUGGAUAAGAAAGGCACAAAUAGUUACAACAAAACUGUUGUGGGUUUGUCCUUGAUGACUCUGUGUUUCAAUCAGAUGGGGUCGCCGUGUUUUUAUCUUUGUCACGUCUGCGAAGAAAGCUGUCCGCCUGAAAGAAUUUUAUCACACAUCUUUUCCUGUGACCAUUAUCUGAACUACCUUAACUACACAAACCCGGAUGAGCUGUGUUUCUCCUGGGUCGCCGAUAUGGACAUGUACGGGACUCUGAUGUCAAAGAUCAAGCAAGGAAGUGAAAAAAGUGGUGGUUCAAAGCUGCAGAUGUUGCAUUUACCCAAACAGCUGCUGACAAUGCUUAAGUCAGGAACCUAUUCUGAAGUGAUGGAUACGCUCAACGAAAACUACAAGCUUUUCAACCUCUUUAAAGAUAUCCAGACAAAGAUGAAAACAAUUCAAGCCUACCAAAAUGACAGCAAGAGGAAGCACCCACUUCUGGGCUUGCAGCACCUUGUUGAAUGCAUUUGUGUGGGGCCGGGUGAGAGGAGACGCUACCUCUGCACGCUGUGCAGCCUGUCACUGGGGGGGCACGCCGUCAAGCACAUCCUGAGCUUUGACCACAUCUACUGCUACCUUAACAAACAACAUCCGUCUGCUUUGCCGUCCAAGGACUCCUUCAGCAAUUAUGACUCCUUUGCCCCCAAGAUGAUUGAUUUUGCCAGAGAAUCUGAGAAGAUUCAUGGGAAUGGGUCUGUAAAGAGACUGGAGCCCGAACAAUUCAGAUCGGUGAAUUUCACAUGUUAUGCCCAAGCGUUAGAGAACCUGCAAUCCACCACAAAGAGCGGCUUGACAACGAGCAUUACACCAGGAGACAAACUAGAGGGAUGUGUGUCCGCGGCACAGCCGUCAUCAUCGAAAAGACUCACAUGCAAACUACGCUGCCAGGAUUGCAACGAGAUCUUCAACCAUAUUGGUCUGUAUAUUAGCCACCUGCGGAGACCCGAACACAAGCAGAUGCUGACGCAUUUCUUUGGCGACGCAGGUGGUGUCAAUUACCAAAAAGUGACCCGUCUGGGCCUGUACAUGUUUGUGAAGGACAGCUUGGGAAGAAACAGACCGGCUGCCGGAACGUCUCUCGUCGUGACAUGCGUCAGCACAGAGGUUGAGUCGACGGCGAUCUAUUUGUGCUUCGCUUGCCAGCAGUGUCUUUUUCAUGACUCCUUUAAGCUCCACUUUGGGUCUCGAAAACAUCUCAUCAACACUCUGAUGUACCUGAAUCCCUAUUGGCUGCCGUUUGCUUGGGAAGAGGGCCUAAAUGACGACAUGCUGAGGUCUUUAGUUUUGGAGGAGGAGAAGAAACGGGGGUUCGAUCCCAUCACUCUGAAGGUUCUUGAUAUUCCAUAUGCAAUAUUUAGGAAUGUCCAACGUUUUAAUUAUGGAAAAGUGUUGGACAACCUUGAACCGUACCACAGUCUCUUGAAGCCUGAAGUUCCACAAAACAAACUCCAUGAAGAGACGUUUCCUAUGCUCGGCGAGCAGUUUUUGGUGAUGCAUCAUCUGCUUGAUGAAGAAAAUAGACGACAAGAGGGAUCUCUGUGUUUGCUCUGUGAGAGGAGGCUGUCAGUCGGUGACACUCAAGUCCACGUGUUCAGUCGGGAGCAUGUUGUCAGGUUUCUGGAAAGUUUCCACCCUGGAUCCCUAGGCUCUGGCCCCGUCCAUGCAGAAACCUUAUUGGACUUGGCAAAACAGGCAAGAGAUAUCCACGCUGUAUCGCAAGUGCAGAAAAUACAGAGGGGACGCCCCAUCCAGGAACCUUGCACUUACAAUACUGUGAUAAGUAUCUUAGCAUCUAGAAAGAAUAAACAAGGGAAGGGAACUCUGAAACCGCUGAUAACACCUCUGAAGAAGCUUGUUGCCAGAUGUACUUCCAAAGAAGUGGACCAGAAUCCUGCUGAAGAUGGUCCGAAGACCAGCACUGACACGGGCCAACAAAUUAAAGACGGAGAAGCUGAUGUCGAGGAGGUACAGACCUCGAGAGAAAAAAAGACAGAAGGGGAGAUGUCCCCAAAAAUCUGUCCCGAGGAGAUCAAGAGCAAAAGUGAGAGGGUCCAGGCGGGGAAGGUGAACACAGAAAAAUCUGGGACUGAAAAAGUAAAUGGGGACAGCAGAGAAAGAUACAAGAGCGGAGACAAAAGCCCAAGUAUCAAACAUGUCCCAACCCAGUUAAGAGACUUGCAGAAAGAAAAAAGAGGAAAGAGACGAAGCAGCACAUCUGAAACAACGCAAGGCGACAAAUCCCUGAAUGAGGAUGUUGGCAGAGAAAACAUCUCGAAAAGGCGGCGACUCUCCUCCAAACAGGACUUGUGUCCUGAGGAAUCAACAAAAAUACCAAACAGUGGAAUAAAGACAGCGACUGGGAAGAGACACAACGAAGCUGUGGACAAGGAUCAAACGCAUCCUUCAGUUUUGAGCGUGCUGGCUGAGUGCACCUGCGGUACGCGUGAUCCGUUCUACCUGUGUGGGAGCUGCUCUCUGGUGAUCCCAGAGAAGGACUUACGGAGCCAUCUCACUAGACGCGACCACCAAAACAUGUCCCGGGUGGUUAUUAAUUUGAAUGAAAAGUUGUUCAGUUUCAUCUCUAAACAAAGCUUUCAUUUAGCCAUUAGCACGCUCAGGGUACUCGAACUUUGGCCGGACGGCGUCUGUACGCCUCCUUCAUCCUCAGAUUCGUCCUGUGUUAAACCUGCAAACGCCACAACUGCACUUCAUGCUCAACAUGAUUAUGAGGUGAAAAAUGAGCAUCAUGAUCAUUCUGAUCAAACAAAAACCCAUAUGAAAGCAACUAAGUCUGCUGAGGCACACACCACCAGUUCAUCUCCUGGUUGCCCAGAAAAGGACCGCAAAGCAAAUCUUUCAAACACAACUGUUGGAUCAUUAAAACAAGAAACAACCCCUGAAACCUCCACGAGCUCAUCUCAAUACAAAGCAACCUCGGGGAAAGUGACGGACACCACAACUAUCUCCUGUGCCAUCACCUUAAAUAAAGCUGCAAAAGCUGCUGCAAUAUCCAGACCCCUGGGAGCAAGAUCUGAAGCUGCGUCCACGGUUAAACCUUCCUGUAAAGGAUCCAGGUCGGUACGGGAAGCUACCUGCAGAAUUGCACCGUCCUCCAAAUCUGAAGGUGCUUCUAAGCGUGCUCAAACUGGAUCCACAACCUCAGUGGCCCCUCAAACGGCGGAGACAUCAGUGGCCCCUGCUGAAAUCCUUAAACCAUCAGUUACACAUGGAAAAGACGAUGCAUCUGCUAAAACUGCACCUGUGGUUAAACCAGUGGCGUUAAACAUUGAUGUUGCACCACAUGCUCAUAAGAAUAACCAACCCGCUGCUGCCCACCAGAACACAGUCAAACCUGCCCCGACGCUUUACUCUGCAAGUAAAGCCGUGCAAAAUGGAAAUCCUCCUAAAGUUGGAUUGAACUAUUUAACCGUUGUGUCGUGGGAAGGAAAGCAGCAAGUGUACUGUCUGCUCUGUUCAGUCCGACUGCACUCAUCCAGCAGUAAACACCUCACCAGCUUUACACACCAAUAUCAUUACGUGAAAUCAAAGUUUCCUGAUUGGAGCGCGAAGCCGCCUGAACAAAUGAACAAACUAACCCACACGGUGGCCCUCCUGGCCACGAUUGAGGAAGACUUGCCUCACCUGCGGAUCGUCCAGAAAGUGGAGGUGAAAAAGGAAUCCUAUCAUGAGCUCAGCGGUCUUCCAUGUGAUAAAGCUUUAGAGAGGCUGAAGGCUCUCAUGAAGAACAGAAGGCCGCAGGUUGCAUCGUCGCCCACAGUCAACGCUGUCGAGGCGCAGAUGGAAGACAUUUCCAGUCUCUGUGAAGUUUCCAGUUCAGAUGAUGGGAAGCAGGUUUCUCAUAUUGAGACGUCAGGAAGCUCUGCCAAUGUCCAACCUGAGCAGAAUAACAAAAAACAGCUGUAUAAUGCAGAAAUUGAAUCCAACUGGAACUAUGAUGUAAAUCCGUCCGAGCUCAAGUCCACCAGACACCUGAGCGUAGAUGGUGAAGAGGCAGCAGCCGGAGAUCUGGUGCAGGACCAGCUUCAGUUGCCUGUCAGUUUCAAUCAAAGCGAUCGGGAGCCCCUCCCUGCUGCUGGCAUUCAGGCUGAAAACUUGAUGGUCUUAUCUGAAAGUAAAGUGAAAACAACGCGGAGGCGGCCAGAGCUGCAGCUCUUAUGUCCCAUAUCGACCACUGCAGAGGCUUCGAAGCAGGAAGUUGGCAGUCCGUGUGAAGUUUCAAGCUCAUAUGAUGGAGUUCACCAGCCACAUGAAGAAAUGCCAGGGUUUCCUGCUCAUGGUCACCCGGGGAAGGAGGACAGAAGACGGCAUCAAGCACACCUGGCUGAGGAAACAGGAGUCAAAAAAAUGAAAAAAGGUCAAUCUGUUAACCUUGACGGCCGGCGGCGGCGGUGGAAUAGCGACCCACACUCACAUAAUCCACGGAGGCCUGAGAAGAGACAGACAUCACCAGCUGCUGAAGUCUACACCCCAGAGCCGCGGGCCACAACAGCCAACGCAGGAGAGCAGAACCGAUCAGGACCGAGCCACACAGCAGAAGAAGCGCCAGGUCAUGACCCGGGAGAACGCAAUGCAUCGCCGCAACAACCGAGAACUUCACUUGGUAUGAGAGCUACAGGCUGCAGUUAUUUGUCCAUUUACCUGAAAGCAAGUCGGCUCCACGAUAAACCAGUCAUCGGUAUGGGGUCCAUAUUGGAGUGCCAAGGGAUGUCCAUGAAGACGUUCUUCCUCUGCGAGAGCUGUGAGAAGACUCUCUCCUGCCAUGACAUCUGCCAACACAUGGUCAGCCUCGAUCACCGGCUCAACUACAUAAGGAGAGACCAUCCUUUGUUUCUGCAGAUGUUCUGGAAGGAAGAAGAUCUACUACCUUACAUGAAAAUGGAUAUUUUGAAUAAUAUUGUCGUCCUUCAGCUCUCAAUACGGGAACGCAAAGUGGAUGCAAAGUGCAUAUCCCUGGAACCAGAGUUGCACGAACACGUUCGAACCGCUCCAUUCAGCGAAGCGUUACAAAUUGGGCGCGCCAUCAUAACGAGUGAGAGACCGGUCGUCUUCACCAUCAGUGCCGACCAGCAGAAGAAAGCUGGAAAAAAGAAAGGAAAAUCUCAUUCGGAGAAGUUAUCCGUGGUCAACCUAGGACGAAUCUUGAAUCCACCGGAUGUGAGCCGCUCCUCGUCAGCGGCGGACUCGGAUGUUGCUCGGGUCCGCCGAGUUGACGCACGUCGCGCCCCUGCAGAGACCUGCGGCAGCUUCUCCCCGCUGCCACGAUUCACACCGGCUGUGUUUCAGCGCCAGCAGACAGAUCCACGGCUGAAGGCGAGACAGAAAGAGGUGUCCUUAGAAAGCAGAUCUGUCGGCCCACCAUCCGGUCAGAACACGGACGUUCCUCUCAGAGAUGAACGCCCUCCAGCAAAGAAACAGCCGCCUGUUUAAAUGCUGCUCCACACUUCCACCAGCCACCCACAUCCUUCAGCAGCUGAUCAGAGACUCGCCCCGUGCCAGAUGGAGAGCGAGUCCAGCUCUCUGCUCAACUCUGAGGCGGUUUCAGUUCACCCUGCUGCUGAAGGCGCGGACACCAGGCCCACCUUCCACCCACCGAGGACGGGAAACUGAUGGGAAAAAUUACGAUUCAUAUGAAAAAAGAUACGUUUCAAUAUGAACCUGUCCCCCUCCAACUAUUGAAACUAUGGGACGCUAUAAAUUGGACAGUUAAGGUUGAAAGUGCUGUAUAUUUGGAGAGACCAGCAAACUUUGCAGGUCUGACAAUCUUCGGACGAAGAGUAGAAACUCCUCUGGCUCUGGGACGGGAGAGCCAAAAGAGUUACCUCAGUGCCAAUGUCUGAUCAGACAAGGAGAGGGUAAAGUAACUUUCUGGGUUUGUUCACAAUCUCAUAUACAUAAAUAUUAUAUAUAUAUAUAUAUAUAUAUAUGUUAACCCAUCUCGUUCAUAUUCAAAGUGUUUGUAUUUUAUACCAAGGCGAAUAAAAUGUCUGUUAAAGGAUGGUUUUUACAUUU